AUGGCCUAUGACCGCUACGUUGCCAUCUGCCAACCCCUGCACUACGGGACCCUCCUGGACAGCAGAGCUUGUGUCCACAUGGCAGCAGCUGCCUGGGGCACUGGAUUUCUCUAUUCUCUCCUGCACACUCCCAACACAUUUUCCCUACCACUCUGCCAAGGCAAUUCCAUAAACCAGUUCUUCUGUGAAAUCCCCCAGAUUCUUAAGCUUUCUUGCUCAGAUUCCUACCUCAGGGAAGCUGGGCUCCUUGUGGUUAGUGCCUGUUUAGGAUUUGGGUGUUUUGUUUUCAUUCUUUUUUCCUAUGUGCAGAUUUUCAGGGCCGUGCUGAGGAUCCCCUCUGAGCAGGGAAGGCACAAAGCCUUUUCCACGUGCCUCCCUCACCUGGCCGUGGUCUCCCUGUUUGUCAGCACUGGCAUCUUUGCCUACCUGAAACCCCCCUCCAUCUCCUCCCCAUCCCUGGACCUGGUGGUGUCAUUUCUGUACUCGGUGGUGCCUCCAGCAGUGAACCCCCUCAUCUACAGCAUGAGGAACCAGGAGAUCAAGGAUGCCCUGAGGAAAUGA